AUGGAUCAGAGUGCUACUUUCACUUCACUUACAGAUAAAUUUGUUGCUGAAGAGAUUAACUUUGAGACCAUCUUCUUUGAGGAUUCAAGAGCUGCAUAUUUUAGGUCUGAUGAAAAAUAUUUUCCAUCAGAAGUUAGUAUCGCAAAGACGAUCACUGUUGCUUCAUCAGGCCAAGCAAAUUUCAGAAAGAUUCAAGAUGCUAUUGACGUCAUUCCUGCUGGCAACAAUGAGUGGAUUCGCGUCAAAGUUUCUCCAGGAGUUUAUUUUGAGAAGGUAAAUAUUCCCAUAGAAAAACCAUACAUCUUUCUUGAAGGACAUGGUGCUGAGGCAACAAUAAUCAAGUGGGGUGACCACAGUGAAACAAAUCAAAGUGCUACUUUCACUUCAUCUGCAGACAAUUUUGUUGCUAAGGAUAUAAGCUUCCAGAAUAGUUAUAAUAUGCCACUAUAUCCCACUCCGCCUAUUAAACCAGCAGCAGCAGCAACAAUCUAUGGUGACAAAUCUGCCUUUUAUAGUUGUGGUUUCGUGGGAUUACAAGAUACGUUAUGGGAUGUAUCCGGCCGACACUACUUCAGUCAUUGCUACAUAGAAGGGGCAGUGGAUUUCAUCUGUGGUGAUGGUCAAUCUUUUUAUGAGAAUUGUCGUAUAAAAGUGAAUGGUCGGUUGCUACCUUCAGGAGCAUGGGGAGGUUAUAUAACAGCACAGAAGAGAAGUUCACCAAGUGAUCAUAGUGGUUUUGUGUCAUGGGGGCUUGUUGUAGGGAGUGGUAAAUUCUUCCUAGGAAGAGCUUGGGGUCCUUAUUCAAGAGUCAUAUUUCAAGGAACAAGAUUUGAUAUAGAUGUGAUGCCUGAAGGUUGGGAUGCUUGGAGACAGCCCGUAGGUAAUUUGGUGUACGUGGAGCAAGGCUGCAGUGGAAAAGGAUCAGACGUUCGCAAGCGGGUUGAAUGGUCCAAACAUAGCUUGAAUGAAUCCGAGAUGCAGCUCUAUUCAAGAGCUUAUUUCAUCCAAGAUGCUUGGCUUGCAACUCAACCAGGAAGAUAUGACUAA